AUGUCAGGUGUUUGGAUUUUCAAAAACGGCGUCGUCCGGCUAGAAAACCCCGGUGACUGCCACGUCAGCUCCACGACCGGUCAUCGGAAAGUUCUAGUACAUGUUCCUAGUAAUGAAGUCAUUACAUGUUAUGCAAAUCUUGAAAAAAAGCUUUAUAAUCUUGGAUGGGAAAGGUAUUAUGAUGAUCCACAACUUCUUCAAUACCACAAAAGAUCCACAAUUCAUCUUAUUUCCCUCCCAAUUGAUUUUAAUAGGUUUAAAUCCAUUCAUAUGUAUGACAUUGUUGUUAAAAAUCGAAAUGAAUUUGAAGUUAGAGAUAUGUAA